AGUGAGAGAGAGAGGAAAACAUACAGAGAGAGAUGGCUUGUGUUGCAUUGACUUCUCUCAUGGCAACAAUUCAGCUUGAGUUCCUUCAACCCAACCACAGAGUGUCUGUUUUUGAUGAAAAGCCUUUGAAAUCUCUGUUUCAGAAGCUUUCUUCUUUGGAAGCCUUUCUGAAGAAGGAAUACAGCAACGGUGGCGCUCCAAACCGAGAUCUGCAAAUAAAAAUCAGAGAUUUUGCACUCAAAGCUGAAGAUGCCAUCGAAAUACAACUAACAAACAUCCUUCAAAAAGCUCAUGAAGGGGAACUCCAUCUCCAUCGAACCUUGCAAGAAGCAGCAAAGGAGGCAGAAGAGUUGUUGAAGAUUAUCAAUAACAGCAGUGAAGUUGAAGCAGACAACAUUGGAUCCUUGCAAUGCUCUCCACAGUUUGAGGAUAAAAUGUUUGGUCGUGACGGUUCCUUUAUAGCGAUAAAGUUUCAUUUAAGCCACCAAGAUCGGGCACGAAAUCGAAAAGUUGUCUCAAUUUUUGGAGCGCCAGGCGUUGGAAAGACUACUUUAUGUCAAAAACUGUAUUCAGAUGAAAAGGUUGUAUCAUGUUUUGACAUUAAAGUUUGGGUUACUAUUCCCCGAAGAUACAACGCCCAACAAUUACUGUGUCAUCUUCUUCAAUCAAUGAGCCCAACCCUCAAUGAAGACAUUGACAUGCUAAAAGAGCAACUGCACAAACACUUGAAAUGCAAGAGAUAUUUAAUUGUUUUGGAAGAUGUCCCUACCACUCUGGUUUGGGAUGAUAUCCAAUCAUGUUUUCCAGAUGACUCGAAUGCAAGCAGGAUAUUGCUAACCACUCUUUUCGGUGAUGUGGCUAAGUACGUUAGCAAACCUUCCUUUCACAUCUCUUUCCUAAAUCCCAGUGAAAGUUGGGAUCUAUUUUUCUACAGAUUUUCUGGCAAUCAGUAUAUGUAUAUGGCACCUAAGUUUAAAGAAAUUGCCAAGAGUCUCGUUGAGGAAUGCAAAGGAUUGCCGCGCUCGAUUGUUACCGUUGCAGACCGUCUAUCUAAAUGCGACUACACGGUGAAGGAAUGGAGAAAGAUUGAAAAAGAAUUGCUGUGAUUGGGAAUUCUACAUAAAGAUACACAGCACUCAAGUAAGCUCGCUGACAUUUACAAUCGUUUGCCACAACACUUGAAACUUUGCUUUUUGUACUUUGCCGUCUUUCCAAAAAAUAGUCAAAUCCAAGAAGAGAGACUUAUUAGGUUAUGGAUUGCUGAGGGGUUUGUAAAGCCACUAAAUUCGGGCCUGUCAUUAGAAGAUAUAGCUUACAAGUAUUUAGAGGAUCUUAGAAGUAGAGGAGUAGUCAAAAAAGUAGUGGAUGAGAAAGCUUGCAGACCAAAGACUACUUAUGGGAUACAUAUUGACAUGCAUAGCUUUUGUGUACGAGAAGUUCAAAAAGAGGGUCUUUUAUGUGCCGUAAAUGGUCAACGAUGGCCAUUAGACAUACUUGCAAAUUCAUGUCGUUGGUUAAGUUUACGCUCACAUAUUUUGGACUAUCAUGUGUUGUUUAGAUCAAAUAUCCCUCGCUCCCUUUUCUUCUGUCAGAGAGAUUUUGAAAUGUUUAUAGCUUUCAAACAUUUAAGAGUUGUGGAUUUGAGUCAAUCUGGAAUACUCAAAGGAGUGCCAUUGCCCUUGAGGAAUUUAGUUUUUUUAAGAUAUCUGUGGGUACCACAAUGGUUUGAGAGUCUUGAUGAUGUAGUCUCAACUAAUUCGAAUUUGCAAACCCUUAUUGUUCCUGGCAUUGAUGAACCAACAACACUCGGAGCACCUACUCUUCAUUUGACAUCCAAAAUUUGGGAGCUGCAACAUUUAAGGCAUCUCGAGCUCGGGGAUAUGUAUACGCUAGAUCCUCCAAACAUGGUUAAAGAGCAUUUGCAAACAUUAGUUUGUGCGAUGCCAAUUCAUUGUUUCAGGAAAGAAGAAGUGUGUUAUUGCAGGUUUCCAAGCAUAAGAAAACUGAAAAUUGUGUAUAAAGACGUCUUAGUGCCCGGUUGCAGUAAUCCCAUCACCAUUGUGGAGAAUUUUGAGGAUUUAUCAAAGUUGGAGGCUCUAAGUGUUAUAGUUCCAGUUGGUAGUAUAACCCUGUUAGAGCGGGUUGGUUUUCCUGCAAAUUUGAAGGAGUUGAGGUUGAGUGGGACUAAUUUGCCUGUGAAGGUUUUAGGGGUAAUUGGAGAGUUGCCCAAGCUUGAGAUACUGAAACUAGAAAACAUUGUUUUGUAUGGCAGCAGAGUGUGGGAAGUAGUUAAAGGAGGAUUCGGUGUAUUAAAAGAGUUGGAGCUUGAAGCCACAAAUGUUGAGCGAUGGGUGUGCAAAGGUAGUAAUCAGUUCCCAAAGCUUAGGCGUCUAUUCUUAAAACGUUGUUGUUCUCUGGAAGAGAUCCCUCCUCGUAUUGCACAAAGAAUCGGGGUUUUUUUUUCAAUUGAGUUGGAGCAAUGUCCCCCUUGUGUUGUCUCUUCUGCCAAGAGUAUUCAAAAGGAGAGAAUGCGCAACCUGCAGCAUGAUGUGCCUAGAGUUAUUGUGGACGGCAAGAUUAUUUCAUGUACAAAAUCAGAAGUCUGGGGAGAAGAAGAAGAAGAAGACUAUGAUGAAUCACAGUGUACAAAAUCAGAAGCCUGGAAAGAAGAAGAAGAAGAAGACGAUGAUGAAUCAGUGUCUACAGAUUCAGAAUCCUCGGAAGAAGAAGAAGAAGACUAUUAUGAACGGGCGUAUAUAGAAUCAAAAGCCUCGGAAGAAGGCUUGGAAGAAGCCUCGGAAGAAGAAGAUUAUGAUGAAUGGGAGGCAACAGAAUCCUCGGAAGAAGAAGAAUAAGAGUAUGAUGAAAUUAAGCUAAGGGCUGCAUGCAUCUUUCUGUUUUCGUUAAUUGUUAUUAAAUCAAAAUUGACAUGUGGAUCAUGGGAUUGAUUCUUAAUUUUCUA